AUGGCCAUUUCCAAAGCGUUUGAACUGGGAUUAGUUGCUGGGUUGAGCCGCCAUGAACUUGCAUGGACAUCACAAGGAGAUCUGACCUUCGGUGAUAACAGCUAUCUGUCCCGGGAGGAGCCUGCAAUUCGUCAUCGGCCUUCCCAGUUUGUGCCAGCCAUGAGAAUCCAGGACAGUAAGGAGCUCAACAAAACCUGCUGUCUGAAUGGGGGAACCUGCAUGCUGGGGUCCUUUUGUGCCUGCCCCCCCUCCUUCUAUGGACGGAACUGUGAGCAUGAUAGACGCAAAGAGUAA